AUGGUAGUGCUGAUGGACUCUCAAACGGUGAAGAUGAUUGGGCUUGCUGAAUUUAGAAACAAUCUAUAUGUCACUUUGCUAAACAAUAAAUUGCCAACACCCAACAACAAUGGAUCAAUAGAAGCUGAGAAUGAACCUCAACUAAGGAGAUCUAAUAGAGCAAGACAUCCACCUAUUUAUCUUCAUGAUUUUCACCGCAAUACAAUGGUUUCUUCAUCAGAUUUAGAACUUAAGAAUUAUAAGGAAGCUAUAAAGUCUCAAUAUUGGAUAGAAGCCAUGCUGAAUAAUGAGUUAAAAGCUCUAGAACAAAAUCAUACUCGGGAUAUAAUUGAUUUACCAUUAGCUUGCCGAAAUUGGAAGUUGGAGCAAUUAGAUGUCAACAAUGCAUUCUUGCAUGGAGAUUUAAAUGAAAAAGUGUACAUAGACAUUCAUGAAGGGUUUGUCCAGUUUGAUGGGUUACAAGACGAAGACCCCAAUGCUCACAUUGCAAAUUUUCUAGAAAUUUGUGAUACUUUCAAGAUCGAUGGAGCUAUUGAUGAUGCAAUCCGCUUGAGGCUAUUUCCAUUUUCUCUCAGGAGCAGAGCAAAGCAAUGGUUGAAUUCUCUCCCACGAGGGUCUAUCACUUCAUGGGAGGCUAUGGCAGAAAAAUUCUUGGCAAAAUAUUUCCCUCCCGCGAAAACUGCCAAAAUGAGGAACAAUAUCUCUUCCUUCUAUCAGUUGGAGUCAGAGACAUUAUACGAUACAUGGGAGAGGUUCAAGGAAUUGUUGCGGAAAUGCCCACAUCAUGGGAUUCCGGACUGGCUUCAAGUGCAAACCUUCUACAAUGGAUUAAACCCAGCCACAGGACAAAUGAUAGAUGCUGCAGCUGGGGGCACUUUAAAUAGCAAGACACCAAGGGCUGCACAAGAACUGUUUGAAGAAAUGGCAAUGAACAGCUAUCAGUGGAGCUCCACUCGAUCCAAACCUGCAAAAUCGGCGGGGAUCUAUAGUCUUGAUGCAGUAACAUCCUUAGCAAUGCAAGUGGAAGCCUUAGGGAAGAAGAUUGAUGGUCUAUCUGUUAACCAUCAAGUUGCUCCGGUAAUGAGAUGUGAUAUUUGCGGAGGAGGCCACCCUAAUCAUGAGUGUCGAGCUACUCAGGAAGAAUAUGCCAAUGUGAUAGGAAACAUACCACCUUACCAAAAUUAUAAUAGCAUGAAUAAUCCGGGCUGGAGGAACUAUGCAAACCAACCAUGGAACAACAACCAACAGCCAAUGCGGAACAACACACUCCCAGGAUUUCAACAAGCUUCACAUCCACCACUACCCCCAGCUGAAAAGAAGUCAAACCUUGAGGAGUUGAUGACCAAAUUCAUUCAAACUUCAGAAUCUCGGUUCCAAUCCACUGAGACAGCACUAAGAAAUCAACAAGCCUCUAUUCAUAAUUUAGAAAUUCAGUUGGGUCAAAUUUCUAGACUCCUCUCGGAAAGACCCCAAGGAAGCUUGCCUGGCAAUACUGAGACUAAUCCUAGGGAGCAAGUCAAUGCAGUAACAUUAAGGAGUGGCAUAACAUUACAAGAGAAGGGGAAGCAAGAAACAGAAAAAGAUGCAGUUGGAGAGGAGGAUAAAUGUCAAGAGGAGACUGUGGAAAAGCCCCCUGUAGUGAAAGAAUUCAUACCCCCACUUCCCUAUCCAGCUAGAUUGAAGAAGGACAGAGACAAUGAACAGUUUGGUAAAUUUCUUUCCUUAUUUCGUCAGCUUCAUAUUAAUUUACCGUUUGUUGAUGCCUUGGCACAGAUGCCAAAGUACGCCAAAUUUCUGAAGGAUCUACUGUCCAACAAGAAGAAAUUGGAGGAGUUGGCCACAGUAACUCUGAAUGAAGAAUGCUCAGCAAUUCUGCAAAACAAGAUGCCCGAAAAAUUAAAGGAUCCAGGGAGUUUUACUCUUCCUUGUCUCAUUGGUAGAUUGAUAGUUGAUAGGGCUUUAGCUGAUUUAGGUGCUAGCAUUAAUUUGAUGCCAUAUUCUGUUUUUAAGAAAUUAGGUUUAGGGGAACCUAGGCCAACUAGGAUGAGUAUUCAAUUAGCUGAUAGGUCAAUUAAAUAUCCUAGGGGUAUCAUUGAUGAUGUGCUUGUAAAAGUAGACAAAUUUAUUUUUCCUGUUGAUUUUGUGAUUCUUGAUAUGGACGAGGACACUAAUGUUCCCUUGAUCUUAGGUCGUCCAUUUUUAGCUACUGCAGGGGCUAUAAUUGAUGUGAGGGAUGGAAAGUUAAUUUUGAGGGUUAGAGAUGAAAAAGUCACUUUCAAAAUUCCUGAUGAAUUCUUGAUUUCAAACCCAUUGGAAAGAAGCUUAGUUCAUGAUAGAGGAAAAGAUGAUAUGAGCUUGGUAACUCAAGAACAAUGGUGUCAUUUAGAAGCCACUAAGCCAUUAUGGAGAAAGAGAGACUUCAAAGUUUUGGAGUGGAAAUCAGAGAAGCAACGCAACUCAUCCAUUAAUGAACCGCCAGAUGAAAAAUUGAAGAACAAGCAAGUUGAACAGAACAAGUUGCAUUCCAAAGACAAGGAUGCAAGUGACCAGUGCACUGCUAUUUCCAGUUCCACCAAAUAUCAAAUGCUCUUUACCUUCUCCGAAAUUGUAAACUACCCAAAAAAGAAAAUUGGAUGA